AUGGCAUUGUCCAACUUCCAUUUCAUCUCGCUAAAGAAGACACAAGAAGAAGCUAAGGACUACUGUCGAAGGAUGCACACGGACCUUGCUACUAUCAACAAUGUGACAGAUUUAAACAAUCUGAUUGUUUCUGUUCCAAAUAACACUGUCAGAUCAUGGAUAGGAUUGGAGCUUGGAAAUGUUUCAACGUGGCACUGGGCUUGGCCUAAUCAAAAACUAGAUUUCUUGAACUGGAGUGUUGGAGAACCAAACGGUUUGGGUCGAGAUUCAUGUGCAGCUAUGGGUCCACAGGGAGAAUGGUUUGAAAGCGAGUGUGAAACACAAAGGAGCUUUAUUUGUCAUGGCAACCGUGAUGUGCCAAGUGAAUACAUAUUUGUUGCCAACACUAAAUCAUGGAGGGACGCACAAAAGCACUGCCGGGAUUUAUCUCUGGAUCUGGUCAGUAUAGGCUCUGCAGAAGAGAACAAAGAAGUCAGGAACCUGUCCACAGAUCAAAAUGUGUGGAUCGGCCUCUUCCGAGAUGCUUGGAGAUGGUCUGAUGGAAGCGAGUCAUCCUUCCGUUACUGGAAACCACAACAACCAAAUUAUCGCGAUCAGGAUUGUGUUGCUGCUGUGUUCAAAGAUGAUGGAAAUCUGAUAUUAAUUCGUGAAAACAUGACUUGGAUUGAGGCCUUGAAUUACUGCAGAGAGCACCACUUGGACCUUGUCUACAUCACUGGGCAAAGCACUCAGGAUCAAGUGGCUCAAAUGGCACAGAAUGCCACUUCAUCCCACAUUUGGCUUGGGCUACGAUACACUUGUAACUUUGACUUUUGGUUCUGGAGCGGUUCAUCCGCUAACUGUUACCAGAACUGGGUCCCCGGACAUGGACCACAAGAGGGCCCAUAUGAAUGUGGAAUAACUGGAGCCAUGGUGUCCACUGGGGGGCAGCAAUGGGUGGGCUUGCCUGAAACGCAGAGAUUCAACUUUAUCUGCCACUGCAGUGUCCACCGUGUGGACAACAGGAUGCUUUUGGAUUAUGACUGA